UGCCCACUGUUCCCCCCAUCUCGGCCUGGGGGCACCAGUGUCCCCAACCCCGCGGGAAGGUCGCAGGUGGGGGACGUAGCGCGCCCCUCGGUGGUCCUGAGAGCCAGGCCCCGAAUCCCCCCACCCCCUCCACUCGCGACAGCCUCCCAUUGUCCCCGGCGCGAAGGGUCCCCGGGGCCCCCCACUCAGGCCAGCACCCGAGGGAGCCCAUAGGACUCCUUGCGGGCUGGAAGGGGGAUCUGCGAGGCGGGGCGGCGGUGCAGUGGCCCCCAAGUCCGGGCGGUGCAGCUGGUCGCCGGCUCCCAGAGCGCGCAGGCGGGGACAGGGCCUGGGGCGGGGCUUCUCGGCGAUCGGCGCUCUGGGGGCGGGGCCUCGGUGGGGGCGUGGUCUCCGGUGGGCGGGGCGGCGGGGAGCGCAGGCGCCCGGGGAGGCGGAGCGGCCGGGCCAUGAGCCGCCGGGCCCCCCGAGCCGGGCCGCGGUCGGGGCAGCUCCUCGCCGGCGCCCCGGCGCCCCCGGCUCCACCGGACGCCGCCGCGCGCAUCCGCCGGGGGCUGCGAUGGGCCGGGCGCCAUGAGUGGUGUCCCCGCAGCCGCCCCCGGCCCCGACUGGCACCACUUCUGCGAGCUGCAGGCCCGGGCAGCCGCCGCCGACUUCGCGCCCCGAUUCUGCCGCUUCCUGCGUGACCACCCAGCGCUCGACACCCCGGACGCGGGCGCCGCCUUCUCCAGACACUUCGCCGCCAGUUUCCUGGAGGCCUUUGCGGAGGAGGUGCGCCGCGUGCUGGCAGGCGGCGACAUGGAGCCCCUGGCCCCGGCACCCACUGUGGGGCCCCGCGGACACUCGCGCAGCUCCGAGGACCUGUCGGCCCGCGCGCGCGUCCGCAAGGGCUUCUCGCUGCGCAACCUGAGCCUGUGCGUGGCGGGCGGCGUCCGCGACCUGUGGCCCCGCCGCGGCGGCCCCGAGGGCCCGGCCGAGCCCGCCAGAGAGCGCUGGCCCCGCCGCCUGCGCCUGCCCCGCGCCACCUCCUCCAGGGAGCCACCCGAUGUGCAGCGCGAAGGGGCGCUGCGCUUCAUGGUGGCGGACGACGCGGGUGCCAGCGCGGGCCAGUGGCACAAGUGUCGCCUGCUGCUGCGCCGCGUGACCGGGGAGCGCUUCCGCCUCGAAUUCUUCGUGCCUCCCAAGGCCUCGCGGCCCAAGGUCAGCAUCCCACUUGCAGCCAUUGUGGAAGUCCGCACCACUAUGCCACUUGAAAUGCCUGAAAAGGACAACACCUUUGUGCUCAAGGUGGAGAACGGGGCGGAAUACAUUCUGGAGACCAUCGACUCUCUGCAGAAGCACUCCUGGGUGGCCGACAUCCAGGGCUGUGUGGACCCCGGGGACAGCGAGGAUGAGGCAGAGCCCCCAUGCGCCCAGGGCGGCUGCCUGACCAGCAGGGUGGCCUCCUGCAGCUGCGAGAUCCUGACAGAAGCCGCUGAUGGGCCCCGGCCCCCAGAACCCCCGGCCGCGGUGGUGACCGCGCCCCAUGGCCGAGCCCGGGAUGGCGUCGGGGAGACCCCAACCCAUGUACCCCUGGAGACCUUCUUGGAGUCCCUGGACCCCCCGAACAGCGGUGACAGCAACGACCCAGGUGAGGAGGAGCCGGAGCCCCCAGCGGAGGCACGGCUGGAGCUGACUGACUACCCCUGGUUCCACGGCACACUGUCCCGAGUGCGAGCCGCCCAGCUGGUGCUGGUGGGUGGCCCCCGCAGCCAUGGGCUUUUCGUCAUCCGCCAGAGCGAGACGAGGCCUGGGGAGUUCGUCCUCACCUUCAACUUCCAGGGCAAGGCCAAGGACAGGCCCUCCCAGAGGCCUGGCUUGGAGACAGAUACGCCCCUAGUGGCGCCUGGGCUGCCCACUGAACGUCCCGCCAUGUCCCCCCAGCACCUGCGGCUGUCGCUCAACGGCCAGGGCCGCUGCCACGUGCAGCACCUGUGGUUCCAGUCGGUGCUGGACAUGCUGCGCCACUUCCACACGCACCCCAUCCCCCUGGAGUCGGGGGGCACCGCCGACAUCACCCUGCGCAGCUACGUGUGUGCCCCCGGCCCCCCACCCGACCCCGGCCCCCCACCCGGCGCCGCGCCCCCAGCCUGUUGGAGCGAGCUGGCCGGCCAGCACUACUUCUCCAGCCUGGCCGCCUGCCCACCCGCCUCGCCCUCGGACCCGGGCGGCGCCUCGUCCUCCUCCACCUCCACCUCCUCAUCGUCGGCAUCCUCGGCCCCCGGGCCCCCGCGCGCCCCCGACGGGCCCCUGGGUGCGCGCAGCCGCAGCAACAGCGCCCAGCGCCUCCUGGAGGUGGGGGGCCCUGAAGAGCCCCCCGAGACCAGGCCCGGGGAGGCCGCCAGGGGGCACACACGUGCGGUGGAGAACCAGUACUCCUUCUACUAAGAAGGGGUCCCACAUCCCAGGAUCCUCCCACCCUAGGGGUCCCCCAAUGCCCAACACAGGGACCCUCAUGCACGGGGAUCCCCACACCCUGGGGCUCCCUCCAAACCGGAGGACCCUCAUGCCCAGGGUUCCCACAUCCCGGGGUCCUCCCCCAGCCUGGAGUCUCCCCCACCCCUGGGGGACCCCAGUGUCCACCCCAGGGACCCUCAUGCUGGGGGCCCCCAUACCCCAGGGUCUUCCCCCACCCCAGGGACCCUCAUGCCCAGGGGUCGCCAAACCCGGGGUCUCUGCCACCCUGGGGGUCCCCACUCCCCGGCCCUGAGGCGCAGCCCCCCACCUGUCCAUCCACCCCGCUCUGUGCUGGGCGGGAACGCAACGCUCUUCAGUGAAGACAUAAAUGUUAUUAAAAGGGCCUGUUUUAGGGACUGCA